AUGGCGGACACGGCGGGUGCGGCCCUGGGCAUAGGUCCGGGUGUGCUGCUGCUGCAGCUGCUCUGGGGUCUGUCGCUGCUGCUCUGCCUGGCGCUGUCCCGCGCGGCCGGGCGGGUUCGGUUCGCCAUGGGGCCGGUGGCGCUGGGAGCCGCCGUCCUCAGCGCCGCGCUGCUGCUCUUCCCCCGGGAGGACGGGCGUCCAGCGUCAGCCGCCGCUGAGGAGAUCGUGGACACCUUCUUCAUCGGCCGCCUGGUGCUGCUGGCUGUGAUGAGCCUGGUGGUGCUGGGCUGCCUCUUCCUGCUCCUCAUCUACCACCUCCUGGAGCCAGUCUAUGCCAAACCACUCCGCGACAGCUAG